AUAUUUAUGAAUAGACAACCAACGAAGAAAAAUAACAUUGGUUGCUGUGUUAUCAUGGCCGCCUCGGCGUUUUUAGCAAGGACUGUUCGUUCUCUGUCUGUGACAUUACGAGUUUCUUCGCAGUUUACAAGGAAACUUGACGCAGGCAAGAGUCACCGAAGGAGUAGACUCCCCUGCAUCAGUCCUUCGGCAUGUGUCCACACAGGGGUUUUUCAGAACACCGAAAUUCACAAUAUCACUGUUACAGAUGAGCCAGACGCUCUGUAUCAGACGGUGGCCGUGCUGGUGAAGGGCCAUGACCGUGCAGUUCUGGACAGCUAUGAGUUCUUUGCUACGAUGGCUGCACAGGAGCUGGGCAUCCAUGUCGGCAAAGUAUGCGAACCUAAAAAGACCAUCGAGAGAAUGACCCUCCUCAAGUCUGUUCACAUUUUCAAGAAGCACAGAGUUCAGUACGAGAUGAGGACCCACUAUAGAUGCAUUGAGCUGGCACGUGUAACAGGCUCCACAGCAAAGGUGUACCUGGAAUAUAUUCAGCGGAAUCUGCCGGAAGGAGUGGCCAUGGAGGUGACCAAGACUGAGCUAAUGAAAAUUCCAGAGCACAUCCAGAAACCCAUGUGGGACUCAGUUCCCCAGGUGGAACAGCCCAGCCAAAGAGAAGUGAGCAGUAGGGAGUGAAUAUGCCCUCUGGAGGAAAGAUGGCAGAUCACAGUACUGCCGGCAUCUUAGCCUCUCCUUCCUGCUCAUCACCAGGAAGAGUUGAUUCAGUGUGUGCCAGAAGAUUCACCUUCAUGGAGUGCAAUAAAGUCAUUUCGAUAUGUGGGCAGCAUUCAAUGUUUUUCCUGUUUAGGAAAUUUUAUGAUAAACACCAUUUCAACGAAUUCACAGCCAGCUUGUAAAUUUCGAGAUAUAUUAACAACUGUUGCAAUGAAGUCUGUAAGAGGAAUUAAUGUAUGAAACAGUAAAGCCUUUCUUUUGUAUGUGA